CUCCUUGCUUCCCAAACAGCAGUCCCGAGCACGGAGGUGGGGCGAGAAGGGAACGAGCACUUCUGAUUGGUUGCAGACCGAGGUAGGCGGGAACAACCGGGAAGGUUGGGCUUGUUGAAUGGACCAAUGAGAGACGAUGACGUCAGUUUCCCUGGUUACACUUUUUGUCAACCGAUACAAUCGAGGAGAGGAGAGAGACACCAAAAGAAAAAGUGGUGAUUUGAUUUAGUGAGUACAAAAUUACACCACUAGUACCUGGGCAAUGAAUGUAGGAGGCCAAACGUUUAUCACCAGCUACAGACCAGAAGAUUUGGAUAAACUGACAAUACAACUGAAGAAUGGCCUGUAUAGAUCAAACUAUAAGCCGGCGGAAUACGACAAAAUGCAAGCCAUGCUUGACGCCAAACGGCUAGAGACUGCUGCGUUUGGAAACAAGGUUAGGAGGACCCGAUGUGUCGCCAAGGAGAUAAAGGAAUGCGACAUAUUACGGCAGCACAGGCAGGUGUGGAGCCGAGAGUGCCCUCGGCUACAAAAAGCCGAGGAAAAGGCUGAGAGCGAAAUGCGAGAUUUUAUCGACAACAUCAGGCCGCUCAGCAUAAAAGACACCGCUAUCUUCUCACUCAAAGAUUACGAGGUUUUCCUCGACAGAGACCGGAAAGCCUUCGUAAUGGGCACCGUGGCGCCGGUUCGUCAGCUGAAGGAAGACUUGAGCUUCAGGUUGGAGCAGGAGCAAAAGGAGGAAAACAGGAGUCCUCAAUCAAACUGGGAACAAGUCCAACAUCAGGUCACUUUUGUUAAGGAACAGCAAUCUAUCAUAAUGACGAAACUUCAAGAAGAGUACAGUGAUCUACAAGAGGAGAUUAGCGAUCUCGGUUUGGAGAAAUAUCUCCAAACCUUGGAUAUCUUGGUGAAAGACAACAUUCCAGCAGAAGUUUUAGAGUCAGACUGCCCUUACCCGGAACUGAAGGAGUCGCUGAUCCAGGCCUUCCACUCAUUAUCAGAAAUCCACCACGGUCGACUGCAAUGUCUUCACGAGCACCUGAAGAGAACAGACAAAUACUGCGGCUGGUGUCCAGAUGAUCACCUACGCUUCAAUUUCACUUUGUCGCAGUACACGCAAGACAUCCCCAACUAUCGGGUUCUAUGCUUGCAUAUGCUUCAAAGGGUCUUCCCGGAGAAAGGCAAACAGGAUCUGAUGGAGCACGAGCGUGCGUUGGCCAGGCAGCGCUUCACGCAGACCCAGAUAAAGGUUCUGACCCAACAGUGGCAGCAGGACCAGGAAGAGCUCGUGGCCAAAGCCUUAGCCACCCUGCAGGAGGCCAGGGACGCCUACCAGGAGGAGUUGGAGCUCCAAAGGGACCGCCAGCAUCAGCAAGACAUCUGCUUCCAUCUAAGAGAAAAGCUGCAGCAAUGGCGGGCCCAUCAGGAGGAGGUUGCCGAGUUACAGGCGGCCAUCGCUGCCAGACAGCAAGAGGAAGCCGAGGCCAUUUUGAAGCGGGAGCAAGAGAAAGAGGCUGCCAUGCGGGCACAUCAGAAGGAAAAGCUGCGGAAAUUUCAUUUGGAGCAGCAGAAGAGGAGGGAGGAGUUGGAGCAAAGGGAUCAGGAGAGGCUGGCCAAACUGAGGAGCGCCAUGGACGAACAGGCCAGGCAAGACAAAGAGAGGGUAUGCUUCCGGGCCGAGAUGUUGCAGCGGCGCCAGGAGACGAGAGAGGCGUACAAGCUGGAGCGUCAGAGGGAGGAAGCGGAGAGGCACAACCGUUUGGAAGCUCUUCGAAACCAGGUUGCGGUGGUGGCCGAGUCCGAUGCAGAGAGGAUGAUGGGAGACACUCAGUCUUGGCGGAAUCGAUAUUUGACUCUCAGAGAAGAUGAUAUCCAGAGGCCUCUCUUUGGACUCCACACAUACACGGCCGACCAGAUUGUCGCCGAUCCCAGAUUGCGGGUCGAGCAGGCCCUGAGGGAUGCUGGUUUGCACCACACGCAGUACGCCCAAGAGGUCAUGGCCCACAUCAAGCCUCCAAAACCACCCCGACGAGACACCAAAUCUGAACUCCGGUUUUAAGCAAGCGUGUGAGAAUCAAACUACUACUUCUGAAUAUAUUUUAUAUUUAUCUAUUGACUAUUUUUGAGUUCGAAAAUAAGAUGAUAGCGGCAGUUAGCCUCGUUGGCUUUGGCUAGUCUGUGAGCCACGCUAAGUCUUCGAUGCUACACUGUAAUGCAGUUAGCCUUGUUAGCUUUUGCUAGUCUGUGGGCCACAGUUAACGCUAAGUCUUCAAUGUAAUGUACUAAAUACCAUGGACAGCAAUUGUGUUUUCAU